GAAGAUUUUGAAGAAUUCAUGAGCUUUGUCAACUUUGUGAAUCGCUUCUUAUAAGAAUUGUAAAAAAAAACCGAAAAAAUUUCUGUAAAUUCCCCGAUGUGGUAAUUAACGAGUUCACUCGCCAACAACAAGUUGUAAGAGAUGGUUGAAUCAAAUACAGCGAUCAGCAAUUGUCCGCCGGGAGCUUCGUCGCUCACGAAUGGCGUGCGAUGCGGCGUUCUCGAGACGAGAGUUCGUGAAGCGUGGUUCCGCGUCUCUGUCGUGCUCGAAUCCGACUAUUUGAGUGUCAGUUUGGACGAAUGUGAUCCCGUGGAUCAUUCGACGACGCUUAAUGGCACGUUAGGAAGCAAUCACAGUGGCAACGAUUUGUCAAAUAACGGAAGUAGCGGGACCGGAGUCACCGCAUCGCCAAGUACGACGGAUUAUAAUACGCUGGAGGGAGCUACAAAUGAGUCUGAAAGUAACAACAACCUCGAUGGGAAUGGCGGCAUCGAUAUUUGCAACGUCCCCGACGAGAUUGCCAACCAAAAGAGACACGUUCGCGUGAUAAAAAGCGAAAAUAAUGGACUUGGGAUCUCGAUAAAGGGCGGCAAAGAGAACCGCAUGCCCAUUUUGAUAUCGAAAAUUUUCCGUGGCAUGGCUGCUGAAAGUACAAAGGCGUUAUACGUGGGCGACGCAAUUCUCUCCGUCAAUGGCGAAGACUUGAAAGACUCCACGCACGAGUAUGCCGUCAAAGUACUCAAGAAAGCGGGCAGGGUUGUGGAUUUAGAGGUAAAAUUUUUGCGAGAAGUCACGCCAUACUUCAGAAAAGCGAGUAUUAUUUCGGAAGUUGGAUGGGAGUUGCAACGCCCGUUCUUGUAUUCCGUUGUCGGAGCUUCGCCAGUGCCAAUUCAGACGCCCCCGAGGGCAGAUACGCGUUAUAUUCCGCUGCAACUGACACAUCUUGCGAGAAAUUUGAAGUUUCAUGAUCCGGAUCAGCGGAGUUUUGAACUUCAUUCGCCCGAUGCUGUGCAUUCGUGUAUUUUGCGGGCAGCAGAUACGCAAGAGGCGCUCAUCUGGUUCAAUGCGUUGCAUCUUGCGAUCGAUAAAUGUUCAAAAAAAGCUUUAUUUGAUGCCAAUCGGGUGCUGUUGCCGCUGAUUGGAGAACUGAAACACUUUGGAUGGUUGUCACGGAAGGUCAUUUUGAAUGAUCAGCCAUAUCGAUCAGAUUCUGAAAGUUCAGACGAGUUUUCGGAUAAAUGGCAUCCUGUUUUUGUCGCUAUCACCGAACGAGACAUUCGAAUUUACGAAAGUGCUCCUUGGAGUGCCGAAGCAUGGAGUCGCCCGAUGGAAACGUGUCCUUUAAUUGCAACACGCUUAGCUGGCUCAUGUUCGAUGUCUAAUUCUAAUUUUACUCAAAGCUUUUGCAUUCGCUGCGGAACAUCAAAAGGCGUCAUCAGUCAUUGGUUCCGCACGGAAACAUAUCGUGACAUGUCGAUGUUUGCGCGCGCCGUCGUCACGGGAUGCCAUCAAGCUGUCGUUGCUCAAAAGGAAUUUUCCUUCCGUUGCACGUAUCAGGGUCGACCAAAUGCUCAAUUCAUCAUAAAUGUCGAUCGUGGGUUUUCGUUGUACGACGUUGCUCUGGCAAAGCCUCUUUGGUCUUAUACGUUCGAUAAAUUAAAGGGAUCGACAGAUGACGGGCAUCGUGCGCUGUAUUUUGACUUUGGCGGCGACGAAAUCGAACUCGAGAUGGAAGUUUGCCCGAAAAUUAUCGUCUUCAUUCUUCACAAUUGCUUGUCGGCCAAAGUGCAUUCGUUACCACAAUAAUUUUUUUUUUCGUCGCUCAAAAGCCAAAGUAAUCGUAAUUUUUGAUCGCAAGGAAAAUAAAAGCAAUUUUUGCGUUUUUCAGUUUUUACUUUUCUAUCGAAACAAAUAUACGAUAAAAUUAUAUCAAAUAUUUACAAGGAUCUAAAAAAAACAAAAAUAAUGCUAUUUAUAUCUUCACUCUCUCGUACAUGUGUAA